AUGGCUCCUUCUUCGAAGAAAGUGGCAAAAAAAUUGCCACUUUCAUCUAAACCAUCAAUGAUAAAAGAUAAUGAUAUAUAUAUGAUUGUACGAGAUCUAGCUACUGACAAACUAAUCCUCGUUGCACGAAAAUUAAUUAGUUCGUCAAAACAAUUAUCGAAAGUAGUUGUUGGUGAUAUUGUUUCUCAUGGAAAGCGUGGUCAUCGUAUUCGUGCUCAAGUUGUUUUAAUAGGAAGCAAAGAGCAAUGUGAACAAUCUCUUCAAAUUGUCGAGAAAAUGGGAAAAUCUUCAAGUCAAUUUACAAACAACAAUAAAAGCAAAGAAAGUCAAGUAACGACUAAAGCUAGUGAGAAAAAAAAGAAAAGUGAAGAGAGUUUGCACGACGAAAUUAGCGGUUCAGAUCAUGAAGAAGAUGAAGAAGAUGAAGAAGAAGAAGAAGAAAUAGAGAAAGUAAUUGAAGUACAAGAAGAAGAAGAAGAUGUAGAUGAUGAAAGUGAAGACGAAGAGGAAGCGGAAGACGAAAAUGACGAUGAUAUUGAUAAUGUAGUAGGUUCAAAUAAUAAAGAAAAUGUACAAUCACGAAAAAAAGAAAUUGUGAGAGAAAAUAACGCUGUAGAAGAAGCUGCAUCUUCUUCUCCUGAUUUAAUCAAUCUCUCAAACCAACAAUCACCACGUCUAAAUACAGAAUCUUCAAUCACAACAAAACGUAAAGAUUCACCAAAUGAAAGUAAUCAAUCCUCUACAUCAAAUACAAAACGUCCGAAACAUAUUGGUUUUAUUUCGGCAAAAGAUUAUGCAAAGAUUGUAUCUCAAUUGGUCGCUGCAAACGAGCAGAAUGAACUGUACCAAACGACUUGGAUGCCACGACCUGUGGACAAAAUCACGAUUAAAUAUUUUAUUAAUACCGGGAAAGUAUUGUCGGAUGAUAUUGACGAUCCAAGUCACAUUGAUAAUACGAUUGAUAACGAAAUUUUACUUACUACAAUUUGUGAAACACUUAAUAUGACUGAUAGCGAGUUACAUGCCAAUAUUGGUAAAAGUAUUCUAUCUACAGCUCGACAAGUUAUUGGGGCAAAAUAUCCUGAUCUAGCCACUAUAUUUGCUGAUGUUCAAAAAGUACAUAUACAAGCAAUUACAGAAUAUUGUUGGUUAAUGCACCCGCUUGAAAAGAAAGCAAAUGAUGCAUCGAAAAUUCGUCGUGCCAUGGGCAAUGUUUUUGCUACACGAACGUUUUCAAGAAAAAUUCAAUUGGGUGGUCAAUUAAUACAAAAUCCUUCAUAG